AUGCCUUUCCUCCAGUGGACACUCCCUCGCCGCCAUGGUGUUCAAUCUCCGUCGUCGGCGUGGGUCCUCGCCUUUGCCGUACUCUGCUCUGCGUUAUGGGUGGCGACUCUCCCGCCACGCCUCGUGGAUGCAGUUCCUCUCUUGUACGUGCUGAGUCAGAUCCGCUACACGUCAACCGUGGAAGGUCAGCUCGCCGACAUGACUGCGGGAGUGGUGGAGUUCGCUGCUGGAUACGACAAGGUCGAUGACAUUUCCGGAAGCACACAUCUUUUUCCGAUUAAUGACGGCUGGACCAACGCACUCGCGGGUUACAAAACCAACAACCGGUCUGCUACACCCGCGUCGGACCCGGUUUUUGAGGCGCUCGACACGAUAGUGAAAUCGCCGGGGUCCGUGUCGGCCCUCAACGCCAUGUCCGCCAACGCCAAGAACGCCCUGUCGCGCCUCGCUAAGUUCAUGGCGAUCCGCGGUACCAUCUUAACUACUGACAUGGCCAGUGGCAACUCCUGUGAUGAUGGGAAGGAGGGGGGAUUCAAGAUAAGAAUGCGGGGAAUGAGGGGAAGUGGGGGGGGAGAAAUAGGGGAAGCAAGGGAGAGAAUGAGGGGAAGCAGGGGGAGAAACGUGGGAAAACCAGCUCCCAAGCGCACAUCUCAGGCCUCCCCUCCACCCUGCUUCCCCAUUGACAGCCACCCCCCCGUUGCCUCUACUUCCUUACCUCAACAGUCGCCUGUGCUUGUGUGUCCUCCCCUCUCCCUCUCUAGUCGAGCUCCCAAGUGCACGUGUCAGGCCUCCACCGCAACCCACCUCGCCAUUGACAGCCAUCCCCCCAUUGCCUCUUCUUCCUUACCUCAGCAGUCGCCUGUGCUUGUGUGUCCUCCCCUCUCCCCCUCUCCAGUCCAGCUUCCAACAGUCGCCUGUGCUUGUGUGUCCUCCCCUCUACCCUUCCAGACCAGAUUUCAGGUGCACAUCUCAGGCCUCCACCCCUCCAUCGACAGCCACCCCCCUGCUGCCAAAGCGGUGCGUCAGGAGAGAGAGAAGCUGGAGUUGUGCUGUGACCCUUCAGCAGAUGCACGACUACAGGUUGGUGCUGGUGGUGCACCAGCAAUUGAUAUUUCCGCAGCUGCACGACCACAGGUUGGUGCUGGUGCUCCAGGCUCCUUCUAUUGCGGAUUGACAGAGGAGGAGGUGAAGUGA